ACACGAACCGAGGAAAAGCGGGAUACGCGAGCGCAGAGGCGGGGGAGAGGAAGACCGCGUCUCAGAGAGAGAGGGAGGAGAGAGGCCUAGCGAUGUCCUGCACGGUGGCCAUCCCGAGCUCGCCGGUGUUCUCGCCGUCGCGCCGCCCGCUCUCCUGCAAGGCCGCCUCGGCCUCCGCGUCGCCGGAGUCCGUGUCGGUCGCCGUAUCCUCGCCGGCGCAGGCGGCCCCCGCAGGGUCGCCGCUCCGCCCCUUCGCGCUGCGGGCGCACCUGCGUGAGGAGGCCUCGCCGUCGCCCCAGCCGGCCACCGCGGCGGCAGCGGCGGCGGCGGGAUCCGCACCUGCGGGGUCCGUGCUGAAGAGGCGGCGCCCGGCCCCGCUCGUCGUGCCGGUGUGCGGCGGGGCGGCCGCCGCUGCCGCUGCCGCGGCGGUGGCCGCGGUGGAAUCGGAUCCGAGGAACGAGGUGGAGGAGGAGGGCGAGGAGUUCGCUGUCUACUGCCGGAGGGGAAAGGGGAGGAGAAGGGUGGAGAUGGAGGACCGGCAUGUGGCCAAAGUCGCCCUCGGCGGAGACCCCAAAGUGGCAUUUUUUGGUGUAUUCGAUGGCCACGGCGGGAAAAGCGCCGCAGAGUUCGCUGCCGAGAACAUGCCCAAGUUCAUGGCCGAGGAGAUAAGCAAGGUGGAAGGCGGCGACUGUGGCGAGACUGAGCGAGCGGUGAGGCGGUGCUACCUGAAGACGGAUGAAGAAUUCCUCAAGAGGGAGGAGAGCGGAGGUGCCUGCUGCGUCACCGCUUUGGUGCAGGAAGGCGACCUGGUUGUGUCUAACGCUGGAGAUUGCCGCGCCGUCCUCAGCCGCGCUGGGAAGGCAGAGUCGCUCACCUCCGAUCACCGGGCCUCCCGCGAGGAUGAGAGAGAAAGAAUUGAGAAUCUGGGUGGGUUCGUGGUGAAUUACCGAGGAACAUGGCGAGUCCAGGGCUCCUUAGCAGUGUCAAGAGGCAUCGGUGAUGCACACCUCAAGCAGUGGGUUGUGUCUGAUCCUGAGACUACAACUCUCAGUGUUGAUUCGCAGUGCGAAUUCUUGAUUCUUGCCUCUGAUGGCUUAUGGGACAAGGUGGAGAACCAGGAGGCAGUAGACAUCGCCAGGCCGCUCUGCAUCAUCAAUGACAAAGCUUCUCGCAUGACUGCAUGCAGGAGGCUCGUCGAAACUGCGGUUACUAGGGGCUCGACCGACGAUGUCAGCAUUGUGAUCAUACAAUUGCAGCAAUUCUCAAGAUAAUUUUAACUUGGCGUUGAAGGGAUAGACUGAUGAACUCACACUCCAGCUUUUAGCACACUACAGAACGGUGGUAAAAAGUGUGGAGGAGCAGGAUAUUCAGAUAGCAUAUGUCACUUGGCAAGCAAAAUUUUAGGAGCUUGCACUACUUUGCAGGUAUUCUAUCAUUCAAUUCUUUUAUUCAUAGCACCAUUCUUUCUAUAAGCUGAUUCAAUUCAUUCUUUGAUUCUAAUGUAAUAAGGCGGGUUACUACCCUCCUCAUACUGUAAGGCUAUUUGCCUCUGUACAUGGUUAGCUGGCAUGGUUAGUUUCUCUGAUAUUUUCACUGACUCAAUACAGAGUUUAAGAAAUCCUUUAAUAUCUAUGAUUUUUCUAUUUCUUGGUUCUGUAUGGGUGUUGUAUUGCUUGUUGGCAGCCGUAGCUAAAACUGAAUUUUGAAACU